AAAUAGGUCGAUCGGAACCAACUUUGGACCAUUGUAGUGCUAAAUUUUUCAUUGUGAUUAUUUAUUAUUGUUACACAAAAAAAGUCAUAAAAGAAAAUUACAACCAUGGCGAUCACGUUGAAUUUGAUCGCUUUGAUUCUUACAAUCGCCACGGUUAGUUUUGGAGCUAAUUUCCCAAUUGAUAAUGACAAUAUUGGUCACUCAAGAGCUGAUGUAAACCCUGAAGAUUAUAUCUUAUCGGAUGAAAUAGUUGUUCCAACAAAGUAUAAUAUUCUUAUAAAACCUGAUUUCGAGAAAUUGGACAUCGAUGGAAAUGUUGAAAUUACAAUUGAUGUUAAACAAGGAACGAAAGAAAUCGUUUUGCAUAGAGGCGAUAAAAUUACAUUUGAAGAAGCUGAUGUUAAAAUCACUCAAGAAGGAACAGAUCAAAUUGCGGUUACAAAAGUGGAUUACAAAUCAGAAAACAAUUUUUGUACUAUAACUUUGGAUAAAGAUUUAACAGUUGGAGAAGCGAAACUUGAAAUAAAAUAUACUGGUAAAAUUUUAGAAGGUACUGCAGGAUUUUAUUUGGCAAAAUAUACUGACGAAACUGGAAAAGAAAAGUUAUUUGGAACCACUCAAUUUGAAUCAACAAGCGCAAGAGAUGCUUUUCCAUGUUUUGAUCAACCAGAUAUGAAGGCUUUAUUCACGAUUAGAAUUAAUAGGCCGAAAGGAUACAAUUCUGCAUCAAAUAUGAAAUUAAAAGGAACACCAACAGCAGACGGAGAAGACCGUGAAAUUGAUGAAUUUGAGGAAACUACUGUAAGGAUGCCGACUUAUUUGAUUGCUUUUGUUGUUUCUGAGUUAAAAGCUACAACGGGAGACGAUGCAUACAAGGUUUAUGGUGUUCCACAUCUUAUUGAUGAUGGUAGGGGAAAAUAUGGCGUUGAUAGUGGAAAGGAAAUCAUCAAAAAAAUGGAAGAAUUUGUUCAAGUGAAAUACUCUUUGAAUAAAUUAGACCAAGUCGCUAUUCCAGAUGAAUAUUUCAGUGCUGGGGCUAUGGAAAAUUGGGGAUUAGUCACUUACAAACAAAAAUACUUAUUACAAAAGGAUGGCGUCACAACUGCAUCUGAAAAACAAAACAUCCUCUCGAUUAUUGCCCACGAAUUUGCUCAUCAAUGGUUUGGAAAUCUCGUCACUCCAAAAUGGUGGGAUUCAUUGUGGCUAAGCGAAGGUUUUGCAACAUAUUUCGAACAUUACGCAACGGAAUUAGUCGAUCCCUCCAUGAAAAUGGCGGAUCAAUUUAUAACCUUAACUAAUCAACUCGCGUUAGAAUCAGAUGCAGCCGAUGAUACAAGAGCCAUGAACGCCAAGGUUUACACCCAAAAGGAUAUUUCAAACUUUUUCGAUCGAAUUGCUUAUCAAAAAUCUGGUGCAGUUAUUAGAAUGAUGGAACAUAUCGUCACAACAGAUAUUUUUAAACUUGGACUUAAAAAUUAUUUGGAAGCUAUGACAGAAAGUGGUAGUGUUGUACCAACUAAUUUAUGGGCCGGAAUCCAAUCAGCCGUUGACACAUUAAGUGAAGAUAAAAAGAAAGAGUAUGGUUUAGACACAAGAAAAGUAGCUGAUAUAAUGGAAACUUGGAAUGGAAAUGUGGGUUAUCCAGUCGUUUACGCAGAAAGAAAUGAUGAAGGCUUAAUCAGUUUGAGUCAAGAUCGAUUUUUAUAUUCAAAAUCACCAUCUGGUGAAUCCACAGUUUGGGCUAUUCCUAUUAAUUUUGCUCGAGGUGACGAAAUAGAUUUUACAUCAACCAAAACUGACUUUUGGUUGGAAGCGGAUAAAGCAGAAACCGAGCUAAAAAUCCCCCUUGAAAACUGGUUCAUCUUAAACAAACAACAAACCGGAUUUUAUCGCGUAAAUUACGACGCCACCAAUUGGGAUUUAAUCAUAAAUUAUUUAGAUUCAGACGAUUUCAACAAAAUCCCCGUUUUAAAUCGUGCCCAAUUAAUCGACGAUUCUUUCAAUUUAGCUCGUGCUAAAAGAAUAAAUUACGAUAUCCCAUUAAGAUUAUCACGGUAUUUAACUCGAGAAACCGAAUAUAUUCCAUUAGCAACGUUCUUAAAAUCAGCUAGUUUCCUCAACAAUUAUUUAAUUUCAACUGAACAUUACGAUAAUUUUAAACCAUUCGUUAUUGAAUCUUUAAAAACUGCCUACGAAACGCUUAAAAUCGCUGAUUCAACGAAUCACGUUGAGAAAUUAAAUCGUGCUCAACUAAUCAGUUGGAUGUGUAGAUUUGAAGAAGAAAAUUGCACGAAUGAUGUCCACGAAAAAUUAUUAGAACUUCAAUCUAAAACCGAAUCAGCUUUACCGGAUCUUCAAAAUCCUUAUUAUUGCGGUGGAAUGAGGAAAGCGGAUGACAUUAAAACGAAAUUUGAAUAUUUAUUGGAACGUUAUGAAAACGAAUCAGUUGAAUAUUUGGAAAGGGCACGAAUUGUAUCAGGACUUGGAUGUUCGUUAAAUGAAGAGUAUUUAACACAUUUAUUGAAGUUUGCAAUUGGAAAAAAUCCGGAUGAAUACAAAGAUUUCGUUCUCCAUGAUGUUGAUAAACAAACAGCUUUUUCAGCUGUUUACUCUUCAAGUGAAAUUGGACUUAAAACAGCCUUAAAUUUUGUCGCUGAUAAUUUUGCAGAUGUCAAAACUACUUUUAAAGAUACUGUUGUGAAAUCGAUCAUUGGAGGAAUCGCUACGAGGACAUCGUUAAAAGAACAUGCUGAUAUUUUAGAAAAAAUUGAAGAUGCUGAUUUCAAAUCCGUCUUAGAAGAAGCUAUUAAAACUAUAACAACUAAUAAUGAAUGGGCAACAAAUAAUUUAGGAGAUGUACAAACCUGGUUGGGCGAUACUUAUGGAAGUGCUGGUUUUGUAACUGUUAGUUUUACUUUAUUGUUAAGUAUGUUGGUAGUGUUGAAUCGCGGAUUCGUUAUAAAUGGGGGGAAAAAAUUUGAUUUUAGCUCAGUUUUAAUCUUCGGUGUUUAUCGGUUAAUCUCUAAGAAAAUGGGUGCAUUAUUUAAUUCGCUUUUAUUAACAAUUUUCGCGCUUUUAAUCCAAAAGGGUAACUGUUUACCAACAAACUCCAAUUUGACAAAAACGACCUUAAACACAAGAGCUGGACCUGAAUAUUUUUUGCCCACAAAGGCGGAACCAAUUAAUUAUAAAAUCGAUUUAGUGGUAAACGAUGACUUUGCCGAUACAAAAUCUUUUACUGGAAUUGCUGAAAUCAGAGUAAAAAUUCUUGAAAAAACAAACAUUAUCACUUUACACGCGGAAGAAUUAGAUUUUAGUGAGAACACCCCAACAGAGACUGGUUAUGAAAUUCAAUAUCUUAAUAAUUAUGACAUGAUAACGUUAACUUUUAAUAAUGAAAUUGACGUAACAGACGAAUUUGUUAUUAAAGAUUUAAAAUUUAAAGGCAAAUUAAGAACUGAAGAUAUGUACGGAUUUUAUUUGAGCUCAUACACUUUAGAUGAUGAACAGAAAACAGAGGAAUUUGUUGCAACCACUCAAUUUCAACCGACUCACGCAAGAAAAGUUUUCCCAUGUUUUGAUGAACCUAAAUACAAAGCUUCUUUUGAUUUUACCAUAACAAGAUCCAAGAAUUUUAUGGCACUCUUUAACACGAAAAAGAUUGACACUAUUUCAAUUGCAACUGAUCUUGAAAAAGAUGUUUUUCAAACCACACCAAAAAUGUCAACUUAUCUCAUUGCUUUUAUCGUAUCUAAAUUUAAAGGCUACGGCCAAACUGUAACCGGAAGUGAUAAUUUAAUUUACGAUGUGUUUUGCCGCGAAGAUGCGUUACCAACUGCAAAAUACGCUUAUUACAUUGGUCCACAAAUUUUAGACGUUUUAAAUGAUUACACAAAUUUUAAAUAUUAUUCAAUGGAAAAUACAGAUAAAAUGCAUCAAGUUGCUAUUCCUGAUUUUUCCGCUGGUGCUAUGGAAAAUUGGGGAUUAGUCACUUAUCGUGAAACUGCUCUUUUAUGGGAUCCUGAAGAAUCAACAACAAGUUACAAAUCAAGAGUUGCCACUGUAAUUGCACACGAAUUUGCUCAUAUGUGGUUUGGUGAUUUGGUUACGUUACAAUGGUGGCAAUACACUUGGUUAAAUGAAGGUUUUGCAAGAUAUUUACAAUAUUAUAUCACAAAAGAGGUUGAAACUACAUGGGAAUUAGAAAAAUUAUUUGUUAUUGAGCAACAACAAGUGAUUUUCGUUUCGGAUGCCAUUUCAAACGCUUUCGCUUUAAAUUCCGAAGCUUACACCCCAAAUGAAGUGAGCGCAAAGUUCGGAUCGAUUUCUUAUAGUAAGGGAGGAUCAAUCAUCAGAAUGAUGAAUCAUUUUAUGGGGGAAGAAAACUUUAAAAAAGGCAUUCAAGAUUACUUAAAAACCAACGAAUACUCAAACACGGUACCAAAAAAUUUAUGGGAUAAACUCCAACUACACGCUGCAAAUUUACCAACGGGAAAAACUUUAGAACAAGUAAUGGAAAAUUGGACCGAAAAAUCUGGAUUUCCAGUGGUUACAGUAACUUUAGAACGAAAUGAUGCCGUUUUAACCCAAGAACGAUUCUUGUAUGGAAAAACCGAAAAUGAUGAAAACACCAAAUGGUAUAUUCCAAUAACAUAUACAACAAGUCACGAAAAAGUGUUUGAAGAUAACGAGAUCAUGUGGAUGAUCCCCGAUAAUAAUUACACAAUCACAAAUAUUCUUCAUGGAGGAACUGGAUGGGUUUUGGUUAAUAUAAACGAAAACGGUUAUUAUCGAGUAAAUUACGACGACAUUUUAUGGGAUCAACUAGAAAUUGGAUUAAAAAAAGAAAAUUUCGAUGGAAUUAAAGUUAUUAAUCGCGCACAAGUCGUCGAUGACGUCUUUAAUUUAGCUAGAGCUGGAAUUGUAUCUUACGAAAGAGCUUUAGACGUUACUUCAUAUUUAUCUGAAGAAACCGAGUAUUUUCCUUGGUAUUCAGCUUUAAGUGCAUUUUCUUAUUUGAGGAGAAGACGUGGUGAAAGUGAAUAUCUCGAGUCACAUAUCCGAGAAUUAAUGGCAAAAUUAUAUGAUAGCGUUUCUUUUGAUAUUUCAAAUAACGAUGAUUUUAUAACCAUUUUAAAAACGGCUUUAGCUUUAGAUUGGAGUUGUAAUUUGGGUGUUGAGAGUUGUGUUAGUAAAGCUAAAGAAUUAUUUAAGGAUUAUAAAGAAAAUGGAAUCAAAAUUGAUCCAAAUUUGAGGAGUACGGUUUAUUGUACUGCAUUGCGUAAUUCGGAUGAUAUUGAAAGUGAUUGGAAUUUCCUUUGGGAGAAAUUCACAUCAACUUCGUUAGCUACUGAACAAGUAACGAUUUUAAGUGCUUUGGGUUGUACAACUGAUCAAGAUAUUUUAAACGACUAUUUAAAAAAAUCAAUCACCGUUGGUUCACCAAUUCGUAAACAAGACGCCAGAUCAGUUUUCACCGCUGUUUUAACCGGAAAUUUAAAUGGUGUUAAUGUUGCUUAUGAGUUUUUCACAGCUAAUCUAGAGGAUUUGAGCUCAUAUUAUAGUGGAAUGAAUGAUUUAACAAACAUUAUAAGUAGCAUGACUGAUAGAUUUACAACUCAAGAACAAAUCGACAACUUCUCCGAAUUUGCUGAAGCCAACAAAGAAUUAUUAAAAGAAGGUUACCAACAGGUUCAAAGUUCUUUAACAAACGCAGCGGCUAAUAUAAAUUGGGCCCAGAAAGAACUCGAUGAUUGGUUAAAUGCUAAAUAUAAUUCAGCAGUUGCUAUCACUAUUAAUUUAUCAUUACUUGGAGUCAUUUUAACCGUUUUAUUUGUUCUUUAAAAUCAAAACAUUAAUAAAUAUAUUUAUUAACUACUUUGUAAAGUUUUCUGUAAUAACCUAAAAAUAUUUAUAAUUUCAAAUUAUAGAUGGCGACAAUAAAUUAUUAAAAUUA